GUGCACCUCAACUCCACCAGAGCCAGAGGCCCCUCCUCCUCUGCACCUACAGCUCAGUUGGCUGCCCUGUGCUCUCUUCAUAGACCCAGAAGAACAGUCCCCACUAGAGAACAUCAAAGGUGAGGGCUGGGGGGAAACCCACAGAUACUCUUGAGUGGCCUUCCCCAAACCCAGUCCCCUUUUGGGGACCCCUGUAACAGCCCCACACACCUCUGGCUCCACAGCCCCAACCCUUCUGCCCCAUUCCCUUUUUUUCCUCCUCCUGUCCACCCCAACUCUGCCUGGUCCCCAGUAGUGAGGGGACUAUUUUUAGGCUGUCCUGGUCCCACAGGCCAUCUCAGGCAAUGGAAUCUCUUUUUCUGGGUUCCUGGGCCCUAUUCUGUUGGUCUGCUCGGCUGGCAGCUCCUCCCUAGGAUUUGCGCCUCAGUUUCCCCUUGACGCACAGUAUUCCAUCUACUGAAAAAGACAGCAAGUGGCUAACUGGGCGUGAGCGCUUUUAUUUCCACCCUCUUCUCCUCUCUCCCCACCCCUCCACGCUGCAUCCGACUCUCCCAGCCCAAGUCCCAGCUGACUGACCCCUGACCCCCGUCCAGAGAGAGCCCUCCGGAGCCUGAAGGGGUUAACUCCCACGCGCUUCUCCGGCCCCAGUCCUCCUCCCCCUCUCCUCCCUGCUCCCUCUCUGUCUGUCUCUGUGUCUGUCUCUCCGAUACUUUCGGUCACAUCCGCCUGCGGGGGCACAGCUCCCCCGGCUCACACAUCCCCAGCCCGUGCCAGUCUUUCUGAUUUCCCCAGGACCUCUCCGUCUGGCCCGGCAGGAGCUCCGGAACUCCAGCUCCAGGGUCCCUCCAAAGUGGAAGCCAGCGCUGCCGGCAGAAGCCCCCUAGCUUUCCCCAAGGUUUGCCCAGGGAAUGGCUCUGUGAGCCCCGUUUUUGCCAUGUGCCUGCUGGGGGAGGGGGCACCAUGCCCGAUGCCCACCCCACACAAUGCCAGUGCCCCUGCCCCCCUGGGCCCCUGCUUCCGCCCAAUGAACAUUAGCUGGGAGGAGCGGCAGCUCAUUGCUUCUCCCUGGUUCGCUUCCAUCUUCGGCCUUGUGGGCCUGGCCUCCAACCUGCUGGCCCUGGCGGUGCUGGCUGGAGCCCGCCGGGUGAGCAGCUACCGUGCCCGCUCCUCCUUCCUCACCUUCCUCUGUGGCUUGGUGCUCACCGACUUCUUGGGGCUGUUUGUGACCGGUUCCGUGGCCGUCUCUCAGCACGUCACACUCUUUGACUGGGCCGGCACUGACCCUGGCUGCCACCUGUGCAGGUUCAUGGGGGUGGCUAUGGUUUUCUUUGGCCUGAGCCCACUCCUCCUGGGCACCGCCAUGGCAGUCGAGCGCUUUGUGGGCAUCAACCAGCCCUUUUCCCGCCCAGCAUCUGCAUCCCAACGCCGGGCCUGGACCACCGUGGGACUCGUGUGGGCGGCCGCCUUCGGCCUGGGGCUCCUGCCCGUGGUGGGCCUGGGCCGGUACACCGUCCAGUACCCCGGAUCCUGGUGCUUCUUGACGCUGGGGUCCCAAGUGGGCGACGUGACCUUCGGCCUGCUCUUCGCGCUGCUGGGGGCCUUCUCUGUGGGUCUCUCUUUCGUCUUCAACACCAUCAGCGUGGUCACCCUGUGCCGCGUCUACCACGACCAAGAGGCCGCGUGCCAGCGACCGCGGGACAGCGAGGUGGAGAUGAUGGCCCAGCUUCUGGGCAUCAUGGUGGUGGCCACUGUCUGCUGGAUGCCCCUGUUGGUUUUCAUCGCCCAGACGGUCCUUCAGAGCCCCCCUGUGAUGCUCCCCAGCGGCCAGCUGCCGCGGCCCACGGAACGCCUGCUCCUCAUCUACCUGCGCGUGGCCACCUGGAACCAGAUCCUGGACCCCUGGGUCUACAUCCUCUUCCGCAGGGCCGUGUUGAAGCGCAUCUAUCCCCGGCUGACGGUCCGGCGCUCCAUCCCCUCUCUGGAUCCCGCCAUUUCCCGCACUCUGCAGCCCAAGAGCACCCGGGAGCCGCGGCUACCGUAGCCCGGCUCGGAACGUCCCGCGCUGGCCGGAGCUGACCAAGGCCGUCGGGGAGGGGCCGGCGCCCAGACCAGCCCGAUUCAGGCUUAGCAAAGUGAAGCGGACGCUGCAUUGUGGACUUGUGACCCGGGGGGAAGAGGGGGGGGAGCGGGGCGGGGGGCGGGGUCAAAGGAAGGGUCCCGGGCCCCUGGUGACCUGUGCUCGCCCCCACAUCCGCCUCUCCUGAUGAUUAAACUCCCUCGCUCUCCCU